GUGAGGAGUUCAAAAAGAAUAAUAAACGCAAGUCCAAAAUUUUCAAAAACCCACAAAAGAGUAUUCGCUCUCAGAAGUUCCCCGCCACCGCUAUCGCUAUGGCCAUCGAUCCCAACUCCACCGCCGCCGUCACCACCACCGCCACCACCAUCGCCGCCAUAGCCACGAGCUCGUCCACAGCCACAUCCACAUCCACAUCCACAGCUCGUCCGUUCCUUCAUCCGCAACCUGCAAGACCCGUGUCUCCUCUCCAGCACCACCCCCACCAUGUCCUUCACCACCAGACACCACCAUUCGCUCACCACCAGCCUCUCUACGCCUCUCAGACACUUCCCAUUGCUUCCCCUAACCCCAAUUUUCAAUUACCCGCCAAACCCCCUAACGACCCCUCUUCUCCGGCUCACCCAAUUUCAUACCCACUCGCCUCCUCCGGCCGUGGCUUCGUCCCCAAAGCCGUUCGCCCCGUUCCGGUCAUCUCUGAUCAGACCGUCACCGUCGCUAACCCCGGUGGUUACCCGCCUCGCCCCGUUGUCAAUUUCCAUCACGGUGGUGAUGGUGUACGGCAGCAUUUGGACCAUGCUGCUCACUUGAUGAGGCCGCCGCAUAACUUGCAGCACCACCACCAUUACCUUCCCCACCAACAGGUCCACCGCCCUCAUCUGGGCUCCGCCGCUGUCCCCGUCAAGGGCGUUCCUGUUUCUGCCCACCUCAAGGUUGCUCCUCCAUCUUCUGUUCCUGACUCUAAUGGAUAUAAAGAUUCGAGGGACAAAAGCAGAGAUGACACUUUGGCCAUUAUAAGAGAUCGAAAAGUGAGAAUCACAGAGGGGGCUUCUCUAUAUGCACUUUGUCGGUCAUGGUUAAGGAAUGGUGCUCCUGAAGAGAGUCAGCCACAGUAUGGUGAUGCUGUGAGAUCUCUUCCUAAACCUUCACCUAUACAUAUGACAAACACUGAUCUGCCAAAAAAGAAGGAAGGGGAAGAAGAUGGGGAAGAGGAAGAGGAAGUGAAGGAUGAGGAAUCUGUUGAGCAUCUAUCCUCUCAAGAGCUGUUGAAAAGACAUGUCAAGCGUGCUAAAAAGAUUCGAGCACGAUUAAGAGAAGAGCGGUUGAAACGAAUUGCAAGAUACAAAUCCAGGCUUGCUCUUCUUCUUCCCCCGCUGGUAGAACAAUUCAGAAAUGAUGCUGCUGCUGGAACUUGACCAUGCUGACUUAUCAGAUGGUUACAUCACCUCAUUUCAUGGUCUUGAUGCUGAAUUAGUAGAUAUGGUUGUGAUUUUUUUUCAGGAGAUGAAAAUGCAUAGCACCUGAAUGAAUUCACUGGCAGAAUUGGUCUACCAAAUUGCAAGCAAUGUGUUUGUCUAAAUUGGUUUGUCCGUCUUCUGAAAUGUCUCUGCUUUACUUAAUUUCAACAUCUUUGAGUCACCCAGAAACGGAAACUGGGUGUGAAAUGUCAUUUGCUGCGAUGUAUAGAUAUUUAGUCUGAUUGUCUGAGAAGUGAAUCAAAAACAGUUUUUCACUUUUAUGCUGAUAGAAAUAGUAGUAUUUUCCAGUGUAGCGAUUUUUUUGCCCAGGCGUAGUUGAAUUAUUCGAAUUGUUUUUCUUUUAAUUUUGUUUUUUUAAAACCCUGCAAGUUUAGUCUUCUCGUAUUGUAAUCUUAUAAUCACUUUCUAUUAAAAAAAUAAAUAAUAAUAGUUUCUCUC